GUCCGCUUUUGUUUUUGUCGGUGCAAAUUUUCUAUUAGUCAUGACCAGCCACAUGAUUAUAUAUAAAGAUAUAAGAAACAAUUGCAUUUUCAAUUUUAGAAAUAAUAGUUUGAUCCAUUGAAGAAUGGUAGGCUUGUUGAUUAUCCUCUUUUUAAAAUGAAUCUAUUCUUCCUAGAUAUUUUCCGCAAACACUUAUUAAGUGCUAAAGAAUCUGAUACUUAAACAGUGUGUUUAUCACACUAAUACCGAAAAAAGACAACCCGGUGAGCAUGUCGGAAUUUCGACCAAUCUGCUUAGUUGGUUGUAUGCAAAAGGAUCUAUCCAAAAUUCUAGCCAACAGAUUGAGAACGGUGGUGCAAAAGGUGAUUGGUGCAAAAGGUGAUUUCAGUUUCACAGUCUGCAUUUUUAGAAGGAAGACCUAGUAUUUUAAUUGCAAAUGAGAAUGUGGAUGAGGCGAAAAGGAAAAAAUUAGAUGCUUUGAUAUUCAAAGUAGACUUUGAAAAAGCUUUUGAUUCGGUGGGUUGGAAAUAUUUAGAUUCCGUAAUGGAGAAGAUGGGAUUUCAAGAGAAUUGGCGCAAGUGGAUUUUUGAAAGUUUACAGGCAGCUCGGGUCACGGUCCUCGUAAACGGAAGCCCUACGAAGGAGUUCGGGGUCGGAAGAUGCUUAAGGCAAGGUGACUCUCUUUCACCAUUUCUCUUCCUAAUAGCGGCAGAGGGGCUGAACGUAUUGAUGGCCAAAUCGGUCCAACUUAAUCACUUUGAAGGAUUUCAAUUCGGUAGUGACGGAGUGUCGGUUUCCCACCUGCAAUAUGCCGACGAUACGCUGAUAAUGGGUAAAAAGAAAUGGAAAAAUAUAUGGGCAAUCAAGGCAACACUACAACUAUUUGAAUUGGCAUCGGGUUUGAAGAUAAAUUUCCAUAAAAGCCAACUAUUCGGGAUUAACGUUCAACAAACAUGGCUAGAGGAGGCGGCGCUAGUACUAAAUUGCAGAGUUGGUAGUCUCCCGUUUUCUUAUCUGGGUCUACCGAUCGGGAGUAAUCCUCGAAGAUUAGGAAUGUGGAGACCAGUGGUUGACACUGUUAGGCAAAAAUUGUUUAAAUGGAACAACAAACACUUAUCCAUUGAUGGAAGAGUAGUUCUCUUGAAGUCAGUCCUGUAUGCUUUACCAGUCUACUUCCAUUCCUUCUUUAAGGCACCGUCAGGAGGAAAGGCUACAAAGAUUUAAGUGGAGUAGAGAUCUAUCACAAGAAGAACUAGCAGUAGUAAACAAAAUUGGCGAGAAAAUUCAGAACAUAACACUUGAUUUAGGGAGGAGGGAUAGUUGGAAUUGGGGUUCAUGGCAAUACUCAGUCAAAGAAGCCUAUGAGAUUAUUAUGGCGAGAACUCCUUCUGACGAAGAAAAGAAUUACAUAGAAGCUUGGAAUAGAUUCAUACCGCUAAAAGUGGCAGUUCUAGUUUGGCGACUUUUCCAAAAUAAGAUUGCGUCGAAGGAUAACUUAGUUAAGAGAGGAGUUCUCAAUCAAACCCAAUCGGACUGCCCUUUUGGAUGCGCGGUUACUGAAAAUGCUUCUCAUAUUUUCUUUGAAUGUAGUUUCUCUAUGCAGGUUUGGGCGUCGGUCCUAAGGUGGCUGAACAUUCAUACAGCUAUGCACAACAAUGCUAUAGAAAAUUAUCACCAGUUUAAAGGACUUUGCGGAAUGGGCAGAAUGCAAGCGGAGAAACUCUGUGUAAUUUGGUUCGGCUGUAUUUGGAUAUUAUGGAAUGGGCGUAAUGAGAAAGUAUUUAGAGACAGUUCGAGAUCAGCAGAGCAAAUGAGUGAAGAAAUUAAGAUUGCAACAUGGAAAUGGUUGAAGUGCAAAGUGAAAGACUUAACUACCCCCUCAAUCAUUGGAUAACCAAUCCGACUGCUUGCUUGGGAAUCAGAUGCUGAACGAUCACUGUGUCAUCUGUAUGUCAAUUUAAAAAGGUCCUGGUGGAGAUUAUCACCACAUCAAGAGUGACAUCUCUUUUGUUCCGUCUCGUUGAUUUUGAAUCACGUCGGUGUUUUGGUGAAAUUAAUCGGUUCAGGCGAAAUUCUGCUUUUCUGUUUCGGUCUAGUGCCCAUCUGCCUGCGUCGGUUCAGAGGCUGUUUUGUUCGUCCGGUUAUAAGCUUCUGUCGUAUGUUGUCCAUUUUUUCCAUUUUCUGAUAUUAUUAGCAUAGGAGGUUUGGUUUCAGCCUCAAAAUUUUGGAUUCUUAGACCAACUUUAACUAUGCUGCUGGAAUAAUUGUGGAGCAAAACUGUUAUAAUUGGAGGCAUGACAACUUAAGCCUGUUUGGAUUGUAUAUCUUUUUGGGGUGGGAUUGGUGUGAAUCUCUUGUAUUUUAGUUUAGGAGUGCUUUUCACUAUUUUUUGGUGGGUUGUAGUGAUGUUUAAAGCUUUCUGUUUUUCUGUGAUUUGCGGACUGGUGUAAUAGACAUUACUUAUGCCUUUCCUAUUUCUUUUAUUUAAUU